AUCAGCUGUUUCUUGCUAUCAGUUUUUUUUUGUGCCACAACUUUUUUUUAUUGUGUAAAAUUGUAAAUGCGGAAUUCCAAAAUGCUUCAUUAAAUCUUGACCAAAUGCAAUGCAAUAUGAACGAUGCAGGAUAUCCAGGCUACUACAGUGUCAUUGGCAACCAGUUGCUACCACCGCACCACCCGCACCCGCCAGCUGCCGAGUUGCUAUCACUAUCAACGCCUAUUCAUGCAUUGGAGUCAGAUACCAAUUUCACCAAUUUCUUUGACGAUGACCAAGCGGCGUUGAGCAGCUCUGUGGCUGCUGCAGUCACUGCGACGGGAGUAGCCGUUGGAGCCAGUGCAGCGGCAGCCGUUCCCUUUGUGCAAAUUCAUACUACGGAUCUGCAGCUAGAGACGCAAGUGGGAAAGAGCUAUCGCAAUUUUCGGAGAAAAACUGCCGAAAUUAAAUCAGAAGCCGAGCUUAUAAAAUCCGAGCAGGCAACAGAUGCAGCAGCUAAAGAGCGGCUUAAUGCCACGCCCACGCCGCCCACUCGUAACACCAGUUGCCCAAGUGUAGAAGGAAAGUCAACUGUGGUUGUAGGGGAUGGCAGCACCUCGGAUAACCGAGUCCUACACAGAUGUCACAAUUGUCCUUACUUGACUCUGUGUCCAAUGAAGAUGCAGGCGCAUAUGUCCAAUUGCUUUGGUGAACAGCCCAGUAAACAGUGUCCAGGCUGCCAGAACAUUUUUCUUAACCAGGAAGUUCUGAUUAUGCAUCUCAGCCUUGAUCAUCAUUUGGAGGAACAUGAGAUUUCGGCCCUGCUCAAGAAGUCAUCGGUCCGGGAGCAGACCAAGAGUCGCAUUUUCAUUAAGAACGUUGCUUGCCUACAGGAGCCACCCCCAGCGCCGCCUCCGCCACCACAGGAGCAGAAUUCUCUUCCGGAUUUUUUACCCUUAAUGCCACACAAUGAAAACGUCGGUGCUGGAAACAAUAUAAUGGAUUUACUCGAUGACGUCACAGAACAAGUAGCAGCUCCAUCCAAACCCAGUCAGAAAAUCUCUAUUAAAAGCGUCGAUGUCCUUAGAGAGCCAGCUCUGUUGCCCUUUGAUUUUCAAUUGCAACAAGCCGAGCCAGCGCUACUCACCGACAAUGAUCUUCUAGAUGUGCAGGUGGUGGGUGUAGAACCAGAGAAACCACGUCAACCUAAGAUCUAUAUUAGAAACGUGGACAUAUUAAAAGAGCCAAUGGUGCUACCAUCAGCUCUGCCGAGCAUGGGUUUCAAUGGCACAGGUGUAACGGGGACCACCACACCUGGCACAAAUGGAGGAGUUGCCGGAGAUGUAUUCCACACGGAUGCAUUGCUAACACCAACUGGUCCGCUGCCGGGAUUCGAACCAAGUUUGGCUCCUUUGGCUAAUAUGUGCAAUGAGGCGUUUGCAUUUGAUACGGUCUUAGGUUGUAAUGGAGGUGUAACUGGCACCGCUGCUGGAAUGGACACCAGUCGUUUUAGUGCCUUGGAUUUGGAUUUCGCUGUAGAUUUCGAUCAUGGAGUGGCGCCAUUGGUGACAGAGGCUACGCCGCCACCGCCAUCAGUGAUUCCGCCGCCUCCUCCACAUCCCAUCACAUUGGAGCCACCGCCUGUUGAGUUGGGCAACUUUAUACCGCCGGCUCCCAACACCACCAACAGCCAAUCAAAGCAGAAGAUUUUUAUUAAGAACGUUGAUAUCCUUAAAGCACCGCAGCGCGGCACACUUCACCUUCGUACCGUAGAUGAGCUCAAUCUGAUGAAUCGCAAUGAAGUUGAGCAUCUAAUGGUACCCCUAAUGGAAUUACCAAUUGAUCAGCAGCAGCAGCAGCAACCACCCCAGCAGCAGCAGACUCUUCAAGAGGCAUCUGUAGCUGGGCAGACCUUGAGUGAUUUUCAGCCUUCGCUAAGUAACAGCUGGCCCAGUGAAGAAGGCUAUGAUUUAGCUGAAGAUUUGGAGUGCUGGCGUUGGAUGGAGGAACCAUUGCCAGGGGCCGGUGGCCAGAGCCAUGAGGAAACUCCUGCAUCUACACAGUUGGAUCCAUCAACCGAAGAUCUACUGGUUAAAGAUUUUGCUCAAUUAUAUAAUGGUGCACCUAAUCCUCCUGCUCCUCCUCCUCCACCAUCAUCGGUUCAGUUACCGGCAGUAACACUCGACCAAUUGUCAUGUGGCGUAGGAGGUGUAGGAGUCGGCAUCGGAGAUGGAGGAGGAGGUGUACCUCCGCUUGUGCCUGUUACAGCCUCUGGCGGAACUGUGAUGACCUCGUCCAGUUCAAAUUUAAGCAGCUUGCCGGUACCACCAUUGGUUCCCCUGGCCUCGGAGGCAACAGUUUCGAUCACAUCAGAGAAGCCAGCCCGCAUCUAUGUGGCUAAUAAUUUAUUACCCGCUGCCGUCGAGCCGCCAUCGGGUGGCACAUCCGUGCGAGGACGUCCGUAUGGUGCCAAGCAGGCCGGUGGUAAUUUAACCAAGCGACGUCCACCACCAGGUGCUCAACAAAUACCAGAGGGCGGUAAGUGUCAAGUCGAGGGUUGCAUGUUCCGCUUUAAAUCGCCUUCCACUCUCGAGUACCAUGGUCGCUGUCAUAAUGGACAGCUUGGCUCCGCCCAGCCCAUGAUUUGCCCCGAAUGUCAGUCCAGUGAGUUUAGCAAUUGGAAUUGCUUGCACACCCAUCUGUGGCGGACACAUCAAAUUGACAUGGAGCUCUAUUGUUGUCAGUUGUGCAGCUUUAAGACGCCCAUUUAUUCGCGUCUGGUCAAUACCCAUGCAAAAAUCCACUCCGAAGAGCGCAACUACAAGUGCGAGCAAUGUGGCAAGGGAUUCAAGAACACCAAACAAUUGAAAAAUCAUCGCCGACUUCAUCGGACACAGGGCUUGGGCAUGGGCAAACCACUAACGGCAGCACCGCCUCCGCCGCCGCCCAACUUGAGUCCCAACAAUCCACAAGAACAAGCUCUUACCACCUUGUUGCAUCGUUGCGAAGAUUGUGGUGCUGCCUUCAAGCAGCGCAAGACCCUGCGCGAACAUCUCUGCAAGGAGCGUAACGAGCAACCGCAAUGCCAGACUUGCCAACGUCUCUUUAGUUCCAAGAGCAGCCUAAAGCUCCAUAUGCGUAGCCAUCAGUCGAUAAAACGCUUCAAGUGUGAGUCCUGCGAAUAUGAGGCUAGCGAUCAUAAUGCCUUUCGGCGGCAUUUGGGCACACAUAAGGAACGCAAACGUUAUGCCUGUCCGCACUGCGAUUUUCGGGCUAUACAAAGCACAGCUUUUCGGUUGCAUCUUCAGAAACGUCAUCCCGAGAAGGAAUUGUCAUCAAUUAUACACAAAUGCGAUGUGUGCAGCUUCUCUAGCAUUAAUCAAGGCCUGCUGCUGGUUCAUCAGGCCAAGCAUGAGGCCAAUCAACAAUCCAACAAUCCAACAACAAUUAAUAAUCGAAAAUCAGUACCAGGUCACAUAUCAUCAGCUGUGGCAGCAAUCCCAUCGCAAAUCAAAGUGGAAAGCAGUUUACUGCUCGCACAUUCCAGUACAAAUGCCAAGGAGCAGUCGGCAGAUGCAAUUGAUGGACUAACUUUAAUGGAUCCUUUGCCGACUUCCUAAAUUAAUACAUCUAAAAGCAACAACAGAAACAAACAAACAAAAAAAAAAGAAAAUAUCGUAACACAAAGUGCUGUCCAUUGCAAUGGACAUAGAACAUAGUUUUUACUUACAAAAAAAUAUAGAUAUAUGUACAAACAUAUAUCAAAUUUUAUACCAAAACCAAUCAAUGUUAACGUUAAUGAUUAAGGCUUUUUUUCUCUUUUGUUUUCUCUUCAAACUUUACACCAUAUACACAUACGCAUAUAUCCUUUAUAUAUUUUUCUAACUAAAUAGUACUAACCAACCCCUUCCCCUCCCCCUCUUUCAAAUACAAGUGUAAAUAGAUUUUAACUCUAAGAGGAUCAGCAUAUGAAAAUAUGUUUUUUAAAGCAGCUUUUGAAGCUUCGGCUGGCAUCGAAGAUAUUUUGUUUUCUUGAUUAAUUUAGAAUUAAAAGUCAUUUGUGGCUUGUCUUAUUUGUUAUUGUACAUAUGUAUACGACGUUGGUGUUGUUAUUAAAACAA